AUGGCGUUUGACCUCAUCCAACAGCGCCGCCAAGAGGAGAAGAAGCAAAAGUUCAAGCAGGACCUCGGUAUCGCCUUCAUCAUCUCCGCCAUCACCAUCCUCCUCCUCGCUGCCGCCGUCUGCUUCGCCAUCUACAAAACCAACAAAAACAACCACCACAAUUCCGUCGCCGCUCACAACCAGGAGGCCCCGCCCCCACCCCCGCCGAAGCCCAAGACCACGCAGGGCGUGGUGAAGUCGGUGUGCGCAAACACGGACUACAAGAAAACAUGCGAGGAGAGCAUUCUCAAGGAAGUGAAAACCAAAAACAACGCCACCGCCACGCCCAUGGACAUCCUCCGCGCGUCGCUCGUCGCCACCUUCAAGGUAGUUGACGACGUCACGAGGCAGGCCAAAGGUCUCGAGUUCAAGACCCCCAUGACAAAGGCCGCUCUGAACGACUGCCUCGUGUUGUUAAACGACGGUAGAGACGAGGUGAAUAGCUCCAUUGCGAGCGUGAGAGGAGCGCGUGUUGGGAGGAUGAGGACGGCGAAGGCCGAGCUUGACAACUGGCUGAGCGCCGUUAUCUCGUACCAACAGACGUGCCUCGACGGCUUCCCGGAGGUGGCGGACAAGGAGAAGGUGAGGAAGAUUCUGGAGAGAGUGAAGAUGUUUGGGAGCAACGCGCUCUCCGUGGCGUCGCAGGUCUCUGCUGCGCUGACCGAGGCGGAGACCUCCAACGGGUCGCAGCGGAAGCUGCUGGUCUUCAACUGGAUGAAUAAUAACCACUACCGGAGAAUCUUGAAAUCUAACGGUCUGAAGUUCACACCGAAUGUCACUGUGGCAAAGGACAAAACCGGAAAUUUCAGUACUAUCAACGAGGCUCUCGGGGCGAUGCCUAAGAAAUUCAAAGGACGAUACGUUAUUUAUGUGAGAGAAGGCGUAUACUACGAGAAUGUGGUAGUUGCCAAGGACAUGAAGAAUGUGACAUUGUACGGAGACGGAUCACAGAAGACCAUUAUCACCGGAAGUAAGAAUUUCGUCGAUGGAGUCACAACCUUCGAGACCGCAACAUUUGUUGCUAUCGGAGCCAGAUUCAUGGCGCAGUCGCUAGGGUUCAGAAACACGGCCGGUCCAGAAAAGCACCAGGCGGUGGCGCUACGAGUCCAAUCAGACCGGUCGAUAUUCGUCAACUGCCGCAUAGAAGGGUACGAGAGCACCCUCUACGUCCAAGCCCACAGGCAAUUCUACCGCAACUGCCACAUCACCGGCACGGUGGACUUCAUCUUCGGCGACGCUGCAGCCAUGUUCCAAAACUGCAUGAUCAACCUGAGGAAGCCGCUGGAGAGCCAGCAGAACGUGGUGACGGCGCAGGGGAGGGCCGAGAGGCGGGAGACAACCGGCAUUGUGCUGCAGAAGUGCAAGAUUCUCGCGGACAAGAAGCUGGAGCCGGAGAAGGCCAAGGUGAAGAGCUUCCUCGGGAGGCCGUGGAAGGAGUAUUCGAGGACGAUCGUGAUGGAGUCGGAGAUCGGGGAUGUGAUCCAACCAGAGGGAUGGAAGGAAUGGAAUGGUGAUCUCGGAUUGAAGACUCUGUUCUAUGCAGAGUAUAACAACAAAGGGGCAGGGGCGAGCACCAAAGAUAGAGUGAAAUGGGGAGGAUACAAGACGUUGAAGAGAGACGAUGUGUUGAAGUUCACGGUUGGUCCAUUCCUGCAAGCCGAGGAUUGGCUCAAGGCAGCCGAUGUUCCCGUGCGUUUUGGUAUGUUUAGUUGA